CGAUAAAGGCUUUAGGGACAUGGAAAAGUUCCUUUCGCAAUAUUUCAUCAAGCAAGAGCAAGAGGGAUGGAGCAUGCAUGACGAUCCGCGUGCAGUUUUCUUUAAAGUCCUAUGCUUUGGGCCUGGUGGCGUUCAGACGGCUGAAGCUGCGAAUACUAGUAACCGAGAGAAAAAUCCUGUCCCCCCGACAGCAGGAGUCUUAGCUACUGCCCCUGCUGAAGCUGCGAAUACUAGUAACCGAGAGAAAAAUCCUGUCCCCCCGACAGCAAGAGUCUUAGCUACUGCCCCUGCUGAAGCUGCGAAUACUAGUAACCGAGAGAAAAAUCCUGUCCCCCAGACAGCACGAGUAUUAGCUACUGCCCCUGCUGAAGCCUCGAACCACAGUAACGCUGAAGCUGCGAAUACUAGUAUCUCUCAGGCAGGGCAGGUUGCAGCUACUGGCUCUCAUGAGGCAACGAACCCCAAUAAUAGUGGGAGACGUUCAAUCAAUCUGAGUGAACAGAGAAAGAGAAUAAAGAUGUUGACGUUCGAUGAUUUAAAACCGUUUUUCGAAAUGCUUAGAAAGGAUGCAGCCAGGAGGUUGAAUUUGUCUGAAACUGUAUUGCAUAACAUAUUUGAUGAAGCAACAGGGAAAACGGGUAGAAGAUGGCCUUAUAGAGAGAUUGCUGCCAAUAGGAGGAAAAUAGCUAAAUUGACUGCUAUUGCAGAUUCAACUGAUAAUCCAGCUGCAAGUGAUCGAGCUAGAGAUGAAAUCCGGACAUUGGAAGAACAGAUCGAUGCACUUUAUCGCCCUUGAUGAUUUUCCACCUGUAAUGAAUGACAAUUUGUG